AACACACAUUCUAACACUCAUUCUUAUAUUUAUAUUUAUAUAAUAUUUAUUUUAUUUUAUUUUAUUUAUUUAUUUAUUUAUUUUUUUUAUCACUAAUAAUAAUAAUAAUAAUAAUAAUUUUUAAUAAACCACAUUUUCCAACAUUCACACAAAAUUAACUAUUUUAUAUCAAAACACAAUAAUAAUAAUAUUAUAAAAAAAAUAUUUUAUUUUAUUUUUUUUUAAUUAUAAUUUUUAAUCUCUAUAUAAAUUUUUAUUAUAUAUAUUUUUUCUCCAAUUUUUAAAAUAGUUUUUUUUUUAAUAUUUUAAUAAUAGUUUAAUUAUAAAAUUCAAAAAUGGUUGUUGAACUUGUAGACAAAGCUACAAACGAAUUAUUAAUUCAAACAGAUUGGACAACUGUUUUACAAAUAAGUGAUAUACUUAAUAGAGAUCCAAGCCAUGCAAGAAGUGUUGUAAAGCAGAUUACAAAAAAAUUAAAAGAUAGAUCAAGAGUUAUAAUGUUGGCAUUGGAGUUAGCAGAUUCAUUACUUCAAAAUUGUGAGUGCACUCAUGUUUAUUUUGCAGAAAGAACUUUUCAAACAGAGCUAUGCAGAUUAAUUAUGAAUAAAAAGACAAAAUUAAAUGUUAAAGAAAAGACAUUAGAAAUUGUUGAGUCUUGGGGUAACGCAUUCUCAGCAAGACACGAUUUACAAGGAUUUUACGAAACUUAUUCAUUUAUUAAACGUUCAGGUUAUAAAUUCCCACCAAAAUCAAACGAUGCACCAAUUUUAAAUUUCAAUAAUCCACCACAAAAAAGAACUGUAAGUUCAUCAUCAAUUCAUCCAACCAGCAACCCAGCCCAGAAUAACUAUAAUACUUCAUCACCACAACGUAGCUCAACAAUGAUUUCAUCCAAUGGCGGCAAUAGUAGCGCACCAGGGCCAAUUAAGAAUCAAGAAAUAUCAUCAAUAAAAGGAAGCACAUCAGUUUUUAAUGAAAUGAUAUCAUUCUUAAAUGUCGAAGAGGAAGACCCAUUAGAAAAUGAGUUGGUUAAAGAGUUAUUCGAAACUUGUAAACAAUCACAACAAAGAGUAAAGGAAAUGAUUGAAAGUGGUAGUGCUUCCGAAAAUGAUUUAAACAUUUUAUUAAAACUAAAUGAUGAGAUUAAUAAUGCCCUCAAAGAUUAUGACGCUUGUUUAGCUAGAAGAAAAGCUUUUGUUGAUAAUGGUUUCAAGCCUUUAUCUCCACCACCACAAAAUGGUCAUAAUUUUAAUAGCAAUAAUAGUAAUAACUUAGCCAGCAAUAAUAAACCAUCUUAUUUAACAAAACAUAAGGAAUUGGAAGAAAUUGAUUUCUUUAAAGCACCUGAUGGGGUCAGUUCAUUUUCAAUACAACAACAAUUACAACCAUAUCAGCAACCAAUACAACAACAGCAACCAGUUUAUAAUACAAACUUUAACCCAUUUGCACCCCAACAACAACAACCACAACCACAACAAUUUAAUUUCCCACAACAACAACCACAACAACCACAACAACCACAACAACAAUUACAACCAAAAGAUGAUUUUGAUUUAUUUGUAGCAAACAGACAACAACAUAAUCCUUUUGCAAAUAUGAAUAACAAUAUAAAUAAUGGUUCAAUCCAACCUUAUGUUCCAUCAACUGCUAAAUCACUCCCAGCUAGUGAAUCACUAUUUUUCAAUAAUAACAAACCCAAUAUGGCCAAUAAUAAUAAUAGCAAUGCCAAUAGCAAUGGCAAUACCAAUACAUUACCAUCAGCUCCACCACCAUUUAGACCAAACUCCACCCAAUCACAAAAUUCAAAUCCAUUUAGCUCUCCAUAUAACUCUCCAAUGUAUAAUAAUAAUAAUAAUACUGCCAAUAAUAACAUUCAACCAAAUAAUAGUUUGGUACCUUCAAAUUAUCCAAAUUAUAAUGCCAUUAGAAACGAUAAUGAUAUGUUUGGAAGAAACAACAAUAUGAAUAUGAAUAAUGGCAAUAAUAACUUUAAUCAAAAUCCAUAUGGUCAACAACAGCAAAUGCCAUAUAACCCAAACUCAAACUAUGGUAUGAUGAAUAAUAAUGGAUUUUCACCAAACUAUCCUCAAUUUUCAAACUAUGUUCAACCAAAUAAUAACAUCCCUAAUCAAAAUGGUAUGAUGAAUCAAAAUAAUAAUAAUAGUUCCUAUAGUAUGCCUCAAACAAAUAUGUAUCCAAAUACCGGUGCUAAACAAUCUUUAAUAUAAUGAUAGUUUUUAUAUUUAAUAAUAAUAAUAACUUCAUCAAAAUAGUAAUAAUAAAUUUAUCGUGUGUUUUUAGAAUUCUUAAUUAAUAAAAAAAAAAAUACAAUUCCUUUUUUUAUAUUAAAAUUAAAAUUAAUAUGAUCAAAUUAAUUGUAAAAUUAUUUAUUGCCAAACC